AGUAGAUACAGGUACCUAAAUGCCAUUGCAUAAUAAUAUUAUUAUCAUACGUUAUUUCUAAUUGGAGGAACCACAACUAAACUUACUAAAUUAAACUAUUUCAUAUUUGCCUGUUUAUUGAUUAACUGCAGAAUAACACUAUUGGACGAAAAAAUUAUAUAGCCAUGGGUAAGUUUUGUCUAAAUUAUUUUUAAUUCAUUAUCCACGCCUAGAUAGUAGCGCAUUUAAAAUAUAUGCGCCCAGGGGGGAAAUAAUUUUAUUGUCACCCUCUCCCGUCCCACUUAUUUUCACCCAUUACUCUUAACUCUUACCUAAUCUUAGACCUCCCCUUCCCAACCUCAAUUACUGAAAAAUGUGCCUCUUGCUUGUUUUGAAUAACAUUUUAAAAUGUAUAUCCUAGGGCUUAACAAAUUUCUAAGUAUUUUAUUCAAAUAAAGGUUAAUAUGAUAAUCUGUUAUCACUUAUUACUUAUUAUUUGGGUACAAAGUGUAGAUAAUACAAUGUAGGAAAAAGUCCAUACAAAAGCCAUACGACCGUACUCGUUUUAAAGUACUCACUGUCUUUUAUACAACAGUACUAACGAAAAUUACCUAUUAAUAUUAGAAAAAUAAAAUCAUAGAUUAAUCAAUGAUGCUAUUAAAUGUUAUAAGUUUUGUGAUUAAAAAAAAUUAAUACGUUCAAUAAAACCCUAAAACGGUUAAAAUUUUGCAGCCGGGUCUAAAUGCGCCUCUAUGCUUAGAUAUCCAAAGUUUUUUUGUACGUAUUAAAUGAUAAAUAAUUGGGUACGCACGCAUACGAUAGGAUAAAUGAUUAGACUGUAAAUUGUUUUUUACAAAUUUUUUAUUGCGAGUAUUAUGGCCUUAUGGGUACCUAAUGUCGAGAAUAUAUACCAUAUACUUACCUGUAUAUUAUUAUAAUUAGUUUGAUGGACAUAAUCAUGGUCAGAGUGAGAUCCAAAUUUAGAUUGGGAGGUUGAAAUAUAUUCAAGCAGUCAAAUAAAAUACGUACUCACCAAACAAAAUUUUUUUAAGUUUUAAUUUGAAUCAGUGGCGAAUCCAGGAUUUUGAAAUGAGGAAGCUAAAUUGUUUUUACUUGAGAGAUGAGUGAAGAGUUGGAAGAGUUUCAAACCCCCCUCCUCGAAAUUUUUUUUUAGAAAAGCAAUUUCAUCAAUAUUCAAACCGCAGAACUAAGUAUAAGAAAAAGAGCUUGUGCGUCGACCGUAGUAUAUUACACGAGACGACCAACUCCUAUUUUUAACCUGUGAAAUUUUACGACGAAUGGUUCGAGCUUUCUGUAGCCUAAAAUAAUGGACUAAUUUACACGGGUUGAUAAGUGGUACGGGUAGAUGCUACUUUUGUAAAUUUUAAGUUAAUCGGAUGAUUACAGCCUGAGUAAUAUGAAAAGGUAUUUGUAGUCGUAAAUAUUAGUAGCCACCAAGCUAAGUUAAAUUAUUUGUAUUAAAUUAUCGCAUUUCAUCAAAUACAAACCAUUAUAAACAAUUUUAAUUUUUUUUUUAUUAGCGAGGGUUUGACGUAGUUGAUGAAGGGUUUUUGUUGGGUAUAUUUUAAACGGAAAUGUAUGCAAAAACUACUUAUUAGUUAUCGGAAUAUAAGAAUAUAAUAUGUGUCUUGGUAUGUAUUUUUACCAAGUUUUUAAAUAAAAUGAGUUAGUAAAAUAUUAUAUGCAAAUAUCAGGCCCCCAGGCCAUAAUAUAAUCCAGGUUAUCUGGAAAAUUCCCUUGUCCAGACCGGCCGCUUUACUCCCGCCUCGCUGCGUAAAAUAAAAAAUAAACCGGUGUAAUACUCCUUCACAAUCACCUGAUUGUGUCACACAAUGCGAUACAUAAUAAUUUCGGAUAGCACAUUAAUCGAUAAAACAUAUUUUUACCAUUUCCUAUUAUAUAGGUACAUUAAAAUGUGUAGUAUCGUUAGCGUUACUAGUUAUCGGAUCGUUUGCUGCAGUUCACGUUCCAAAACAACGAGACGUUUUGAAAGAGAUCGCCGAAGUUGAGAAUUCUGUGCAUGUUGGCAAAAAAUGGGUCGUUUUAGUAGCGGGUUCUCAUAGAUGGAGUAACUACAGGCAUCAGGUUUAAUACAAAUUUGAUUUAUGUAACUUAAAGUAUUAAUGAUUACGGUAAAUUUGGAGUGUUGACUAAUAAUUAUAAUUACCAAGUAUAACUAUACUUGAAUACCCAUUAAUUUUGAAUGCAAAACAAAUAUUAACUUCAACGUUUUUACUUACCUACUAUUUUGAUGUGAUAAUACAAUUUAUAUUUGUUAAAACGGUAAAUCUGUUUUUAGAUUCUGUACGUGGUUUGCGGGGAGGAUUUAUCUUAAUAAAAAAAAAAAAUAUAUACGAGGUCUGGCUAUUAAAUAACGAGACUGCUUAUGAAAAAUGGUUUUAUUUUAAAAAUUAUUCCACAACCAAAUGUUCCCCUUCAAUAUACUCUCCUCACCUCUUCACACACCGUUUCAUUCAUUUCUUCCAUUGCUCGAGGCAGUGCUGGAGGUCUGUUUUCGGAAGACCAUUCAGGAGUUCCGCCGAUUUUUGUUUCACCUCUUCCAUUGACUCAAACCGCAUUCCUUUUAAGGCAUACUUUGUCUUAUCUUUAUCGUAUAUCACUAAAAAUGUAUUAUUUAAGACCGACCAUUUAAAAUAUUUUGUUUUAACAAAAAAAAAAAAUGUAUUAAAUUCCUGAUUUGGAUUUUUAUCUAUUUUUAACUCCAUAGAAUUAUAUGGUUGUUUAGUUAAUAUUCAAAAAGUUGAAUAUUUUAAUUAUUAUGGCUUAUCAUUUUUUUUUCAGGCAGACAUAUGUCAUGCAUAUCAAAUAAUGCUCAGAAAUAAUAUACCGAAGAAGAAUAUUAUAACGAUGAUGUAUGACGAUAUCGCAUACAACCCGAAGUACCUAAUUAUCAUCUUAUAUUUUACAAAAAUGAAAUUAUAUCUGUUAACUAAAACAAAAUUAAACUACUGAAAAGAUUAAGUGAUUAAUAUAACUAAUAAUUAGAACGCCAUAAAAUUAUUAAAUUGUUUAUUGUAUUUGUUGAUAAUAAAUUGAUAAUGAUUACCAUCCAGAUAAUUGUUAGAGAAAAUAAAAUUUGGACAGUAUUUUUUAACUAUAAAAUAUUAUUGGCUUCUACCUACUAAAGAAGAAUAUUAUAAAAUACAAGUUCUCCCGAUUUUCGAAUAGGUACGACUAUGGGUAUUUACGUAAUCAGUGGCGCCCAGGGUUUUUUCAAAAUCCAAUGUAGUUAUAUUUACCCACCUUACCUCAUCCUAUUCUCCUAUAGUAGCUUUUGUUCUCAGUAAAAUACGUAUACCUAACAAAAUAUAAUUAAUUAUAUUUUUUAUGGUUGUGUAAACGUGCUAAAAUUUAUAUUUAAUUUAAUUAAGUAAAUUUUUAUUUAAGUACGAAAUUACUUACGUGUUGUUUUUUUGCCAUUUAUAUUUCCGCAAUCAUCUGUAAUUAAGCACAUUUAGUGAACGGUUUUUUUUUUAGAUUUCAAUUUAUAAUAUUCAUUCAUCUUUUUAUAAAAUGCGUUCUUUUCUUUCAUUUUUAUAUUUUAAAAUUGAAAACUGCUAGCACUAUAGUACCUGCGUUACACGCAUAACACACAAACACUCACUAAAUGUCUUUUGUUGAACAACUUAGGAAUUACAUAGGUAUCCGUCGACUAUCAUCCGAUAAGGCAACAUUCAUGAAUGAAUUCAUAAGUGUGCUUGUUUUAAAAAUAAUACACUAUGUAACAGUCGAUUUCAUGAUCAAUCGUUAAGUAAAAAUAAAUAAUAAGGAAGACAAAUAUAUAGGUAUAGUUCAUUAAUUAUUGUUUGAAUCGAUCAAUUAAUUAUUUUGUUAAUAAAACAAUAUAAGAAAUAUAGGUAUAGUUCAUUUCAUGAUUAUUUCAUAAUACUUCAUAGGUAACACUGUUAUUUAUAAAAUACAAUGUAAGUGUGGUUUAUAUAAUUGUCCAUUUCAUGAAAUGGAUGUCCACAUAAUGUAUUUUCGUCAAAAAUCACGAUCUGGACGAAUUCCACUAUCCGGACAUCUAGUUCAUGAAAUGAGUGGAUGUGACAUAUAAUAUAUAUAAAUAUUAUAUAUAAAUUUAUAGUAAUCCAACUCCAGGCGUAAUAAUUAACCAGCCAAAUGGUACAAACGUGUAUGAAGGAGUUGAAAUUGAUUACAAGGGAGAUGUAAGUUAUGUUGGCAUGAUUUUUAUACAAUAAAUUAUGCGCACCAGUUAGAUUAAUCAUACAAAUGGUUAGAUAACUUGAACUUUUUUAAAUUUUAGGACGUGACACCUGCACAUUUCUUGAAAAUAAUUCUCGGUGACAAAGAAGGAAUGAAGUCUGUUGGAACGGGUAGAGUGGUUGAAGGGUAUGUUAAAAUUGUUUCUUCGUAAUUUAUUAGAGAUACUCGAAAUGAAAAUAUUGCUUAGUAAAAAUACAAUCAUUUAAUUGGUUCCUGUAAUACCUGCUCUAAAUGUCGUAAAUUCAGUUUAAGUGUUUAGAUAUUAUUAUACGUAAACCGUAUAUACUUAACUAAUACAGUAAUUUUGUUAUGUGCGACUUUCGAUUUAAAGAGGUGCAUGGGACACGAUUUUUAUAAACUUUGCUGAUCACGGUGGAUCCGGAGUAUUAUGUUUCCCAAAUGGAUAUUUAUAUGCUGAUCAAUUGAACGAUGCACUGAAUACUGCGUUUGAAACAGCAAGAUACAAAAAGGUCAUUUUUCACAAGAAUUAAUAUUUAUUAUAAUGAAAAUGGUGAAUUUUAAUUUAUAUUAUAAUUUAUAAGAUGUUAUUAUACAUUGAAGCAUGUGAAUCGGGUUCUAUAUUUGAAGGAAUACUCAGUGAUGAUAUGAAUAGUAAGUUUUAAUAUGGACAAUUAUUUCUUGAAACAAGUUAAAUUCGAAAAAUGUCUUCUUUCUUCUUUUAAUUAGUUAUAUUUUCUACGAUUAGGUUAUUAAGUGUUAUUUUUAAGACUGUAUUACUAACUACUUGAAUAUUUGAAGCUGUUUAUGUUUAUUAAUUAAAUUAGAGAUGUAACGAACUGUUUGAUUUUUGAACUGAAACUUGCAAAUAAUCGAACUGAACCAAAUACCCAAUAGUUCGGUUCGAAGAUCAUUCGAUGCCGAUUCUGCGUGGUCCCCAAUAUGAUGUUCAAAGCGGCAUUGUUACGAAAAAGAAAAAUUCAAUUUUUUCGUACUAGUGGGUCUUAUAAUAGUAACCACGCAGUCGAACAGUUUGAGAACCUAGGUUUUUGACCUAACCUAACCUAACCAUUUAACUUUUUUAAUGUUCGAGUUCGAGUUUGAUAAAAUAUUUAAAAAGUUUGAUUCGGUUCGGUUCGACCUUAAAUAUCAGGAUUUGUAACAUCUCUAAUUUAAUCUAUACAAAUUAUAAAGGCCGUUCCACAAUGAUAUACCCAUUGCAAUAUUUCCUGAGAUAGUAAAGAUGAUUCAAUAUUUUUCAAAAAUAAUAAAAUAAAAUAAUUUUUUAAUUUUUUGCAGAAACAUACAAAUUUAAUUGUAAUAUAAAUAUUUGUAGUCCUUAUCCUGUGAGUAAUAUAAAGAAAAUAGAAUUUAAUUUUCUUUAUCAUCUCAGAAGAUAUUGCAGUGGGUAUAUUAUCUUCUUAGCAUAGAUGGAUAUUUUGUUGACUUUUUAGGGGGCUGAAUAAUCAAAAGUACAGUGACCCGCAGGGUCUACACCCCUUCACCCCUUUUCCUACACAAGACUACAAUAAAUACUAAUCUACUAAUCCAAGUAUGAAUAUAUUAUAAGAUUAUAUAAUAUUGUUAUUAAUAUAUUUUCUUGCUAAUAUUCAUGUAUAUUUAGUCAUAGUCCGGACUAAGAUAAUUUAGUGAACUACCGAAUGGCAUCGAAUAGUUUAUCACUGUAAAAUUUUUAACAAUUUGUAGUGCUAUUUGUUAAAAAUGUUUUAUAAUUUAUAAAUAACAGUAUAAUAUAUUUAAUAAACAAAUUUAAAGCAAAUAAUAGUAAUAAUAACAUUUCAAUACACUUUCGAGAUUGAGGGGCUAUUGGAAAUUCUGGGGGGGCUAAGUCUUUUAAGCCUCCAUCUGAUAUCCGUCUAUGCUUCGAAGGACAUCCUAUAUAUUAUUUAAAUAGUUUUAGCAGUCACUGCAGCUGGACCCAGAGAAAACUCUUGGGGAUGUUAUUGUUAUAGUGAAAGUGGAGAUUAUGCAACAUGCUUAGGAGAUUUGUUCAGUGUGACAUGGAUGGAAGAUAUAGAUAAGGUGAUUUGUACAUAUCUGCCUAUUCAUAUAUAUAAGCCUAAGUAUAUUUGAAUGUACAUGAUAUGUAUGUAUAUUUGUAUAUACAUGAUAAUGAUUAUAUAAUUUUACUUUUUGGAACAAUAAAUAAUGAUCAUUUUAAACUUUAUAAAAUUAUAUUAUACCUAUUAUAUCUACCGAUAUUAAUUUGAAAUUCGAUGUAUGUAUAUUAUAGACAUUUUUUGACUCUAUCAUGAGAAAGAAAAGCAUUUUCAAUGAUUACAACGAGAUCAGACAACACGUCACAUUAAGCAACAUUAUGGUGUAUGGUGAUUUCGAUAUUGGCUACGAAAAACUUUCUACUUUUAUUGGUUAUCAGAAAAAGAUUGAUAAACCAUCAGUUAUGUCAUUGUCAAAAACUAUUCAGAAUAAAGCAAGUACACCUACAUGAUAAACAAACCAAUCGCUUUUAACCAAAUAUUGUUGUGAAUAAUUCAUUGUAAAAAACACACAAUUAUCAUUUAUUUUAACAGAUGACGGUGUCCAGUCAUGAUGUGUCUAAAUGUACCAUGGAAUAUGCUUUGGCUAGUAAAAAAUUGACAAACUUAAGAAAACAAGAGUUGCAAAUUGAACUCCAAAAAAAUGAUGAAGUACCUAUUCAUUAUUUUUUGUAAAGAAUAAUGCCAUGUAUUAAUUAUAUUUGAUUCAUACCUUAGAUGAGAUUUGUCAUUGAUAACGUGUUUCGAGAAAUAUACUUGUCAGUUGUUAAGUUGAGACCAAAAAUCAUGAGUGAUAUUGGCACAUUUGAUAAACCUGAAUUUCUAAAACUCUCGUUAGAUAUGUUCCCUUGUUAUAGAAGUAUAGUAAACAAAAUCAAUGAAAACUGCUUUUUAGUUUCUCAAGUAUGUACAUAUUAUAUAUAAAUAUAUAUAUAUAUAUAUACAGUUAAAUUUUAUCAUGAAUGUAGUUAAAAAGUUGUAUUUGAUUAACUUAGGUAUAUUUAAGAAUUAUUUAGAUAUUAAAAAAUUGAGGAAUUAUGCAUGAUGUAGAAUUAUAUUUAACUGGUUGAAGUAAAUAAUAAAAUGGCGAUAUAAAUAUGAAGAUUUAGAGGGUAAAAGUAAAAGUCUCUGAUUUUAAUUGCAUACGACAAAGGCGGAGAAAAAGAAUACAUACAGAGUGUAACAGGACUAUUUGAUAUUUUUACACUGUAGUUACAUGUAAACAUGUCAAUUAGUCCAGUUACACACUGUAUAUAUAUUCUGUAUUUAGUUAUAAAAGAAUGUUUCAUAUAUAUUUAUAAUAACUUAUAUUUGAAUAUUGUGUAUUUUAAUUGUCAAGAUUUUAAACUAAAUUAUUUACAGAAUUCCUAUGUAUUAAAACGGUUGAGGAUUAUCUCUAACUUAUGUGUUAUUGAUAAAAAUAUUCAUGGGAUGUUUAGCAAUUUGGUGUUCAAAUCAUGUUCCAGGAUUCCAAAGAAUAUAGUUAAUGUGUUUUAAAACUGUGUAUAAUA